AUAAUACUCAAAAGUAACAUUACCUAUUGGAAUCGUCAGAUAUUCAACUUUAGAUAACCAGUUUAAAGAGCGCUGAAAGAUUCACGUAUCCCUAGAAACACCAAGCUUCGCCAUAUGAAUGACGUCAAAUUUACGGGUGCUGAUUGGUCAAUUCAGGGGAAGAAGAGGAAUCUACAGAGAACAUUUUUGCGAGCUGGAAUUUCUACGCUUAUCAAAUCGAACCAUUCUCAAGUUACGGGACGAAAAAGGAAACUGAAGGUCAUUGAAAAUGUCUUGUGUUGAGAUUGCUUCCAUCAUCCCUACCUCCUCAUGGAGACUGGACGCCCUGGAGGUCAGUCUAGCGGUCAUCUUUGGGGUCAUCAUAGGGGUCAUUCUAGCCAUCAUCAUCUCAAGAUGCUUCGUCAAAGAAAUUGCAAAGGACAGGAUUCAAAAGCAUCAAGAUGACACUGUUGUAAAGAAUGCUGCAUAUGAAGUUGAAGUUGCAGGCUAUGCUGACAUGACAUACAGGAAAACUAAAACGUCGACAGUCAAUGAGAAGUCCUCCCGUCAGAAGCUGAUCAAACAAGAUGAUGGAUAUGAUGAGGAAGAUGGAGAGUAUCGGAGGAAGAAGAGGAGGGAUGAAUCAGAUGAUGAUGAUGAUGGAGAAGAAGAGGAUGAAGAGGAGCUGAUGAAGGAGAAGUUAGCCUCAGGCAUCGUUAUUGCACUUACAAUGCCAUCAAGUGAGAAAACCAUGGUAGAGCUUAGCCUUCAAGACUUUCAAGCAACCAAGUCCAUGGAGAGAGAACUGCUGGAGGAAAGAGAGUCGGUGUUUGUUCAUAUUCUUCAAAUCCUGCUUGGAAGGUUUGUGACUGCAGAGAGGAUGGAUGAAAAGUUUGCUGCAGACUUCAUUGACAGAACCUCCCAGGAGCUGAGUGAUGCUAAAGAUUCCCUUGAAGCAUCUCAGUUAAUGGUGGAGCAAGAUUUGAAGAAUAGAUCAGAUCUGAUGAAGGAUCCUCUCGCCCUGGAAGAAGUGCUUGAGAAUUCAAGAUUGGAUUACAUUAGAAAGAUGGAUGGUUUAGUCCAAGAUGCUCAGAUAAAAGUGAAGGAUAAGCUAAGCAGGGAGGCUGGGCUCUCAUCUGAAGAGGUGGAAGCCAUCAUGAAGAAGCUGUUAGAAAACAUGGCUGCCGCAGAGAGGAUGAUCGGUCAGGAGCAGAAUAGACAAGCUACGAUAUUAAAUGAGAGACUGUCUAAACGCCAAGCACUGUCUGAACAGUAUGCUCAGGUUACAUCAAGAGAGAGCAAGGGCAACCAAACGAGGAAUAAGAGCUUGAAUGAAAUCGCUAAAUACCUGGCUGAAGAAAGAGAACUCAACCAAUCUCAAGCAAAAAGCAUUAUUAAACAAUACCAGGCUGAUGUAGAAAAGAUUCAGGAAAAUCACAAAGCAGCUGUAUCAAAACAAAGUCAAGAGCUAGCUGAGAAGCUGCAGCAACACCGGGAGAGGAAGCUGAGAGCAUUAGAAAAGAAGCAGGAAGAGAAGAGAGAGAAACUAGCAGCCAAGGCCCCACAAGUUGUCAAUCCAACAGACUUUGUAGAGGCUCAUCAUGACCUUCUUGAGCAGCAGCGUAAUGAGAAGAAUGAUUUGAUAGAUGAGCUUGACUACCACGAAGCAGAAGAAUUGAGUCUACUCAGAAAGACCUUGGAGGAGGAGAGAGGGAAUGAGUUAGCAGAGAAAGACAAGUCUGUGUUUGAAGAGCUGGCUGAGAAGGCUCAGUUGAAUGAGAAGGAAGCUAAUCGUAUCGUCAAGAAACAUCAAGCUAAUGUGACUGCUUAUGAAGAGCAACUUGAUCAGGAGAAGAAACGUCAGAACAUGCUGCUACAGGAGAAGAUUGAAUUACGCAAAGCAUCAUGGGAAGAGGAACAGAGACGAGCCGCGGCUGAGCAGCAGCAGUUAGCUGAACAGCAAGAACGAACUAUUACAAAGCUGAUUGAUACACAGUCAACUCUAGAUGAAGAGUCAAAGAGACAGAUUAUGCUUCAACAUGAGCAGAACGUCUCAGCUCUCAAUAACCAUCUACAGAUGACCAAACUCAAACAACAAAAGCUGCUUGAAGCAAAGCUGGCCAAGAGAAGAGCUCGCUAUGAAUCCAUAAAGGCAGAGCAUUCACAAGAGAGGCUAGCAAGAGGAGAGGAUGAUGAAGAAGAGGGUGAACUCACAACAAAACAGGCUGAGGAGCUAGCGGUUGAAGAACAAUCCAUGAGAGAGGAGCAGCAGGCAGCCAUCUUGGCUCUCAGGAAGCAGCUUGCUCACGAGACUGAGGAGGUGUUGAAGGAGCAGGAUGCUAAGAUGGGUAUCCUGAUUGGCAAGCUCCAGGCCGGGCAAGCCAGGAGACAAGGAGUCAUCAAGAAGCUGGAUAGAGCUGUCAAAGAUCUCCAAGAUCAGCUUGUUGAUUCCAUCGCUGAUACCAACGUGGUGUCAGAACGGAAGACAGAGCGCAUCAUGGCGGCUCACAUGCAGGAGAUUGAAGACAUUGAAGAGAAGCUUCGCCAAGCGAGGGCGCACCAGGAGGACCAGCUUCAACAUAAGAUGGAGACUAUUAAACUCAUGAGAGAAAAGACUCUUGCCGAGGAGCUAAAGAAAGAAGCCAACAAGCCUUCAAAUGACCGUCGCAGGGAGACUAGCUCCCAUCAAACAUCAGCCGGAGCUCUGCAGUUGAUGACUAAGAUUCUGGAGAGUAAUCGUCAGAAGCAAGCUUUGAGGCAGCUAGAACAAGAGAUGAAAGUUGAGACCAUGAAACAGAAGGAAGAACUCAACGAUCAGCUUGAAGAUGCUCUAGAACAAGAACUAAAGGUGAGUAGUAUUAAGGAGGAAUAGAAAUUCAAAUACAAC